AUGUCAUCUCCUGCGUUGCGCAGCAUCGCCUCCAAGGGUGUCAGCAUCGAUCAAGCUGCCAAUCCACAGAUCGCCCUGCCUUUGCUGGUACUGGCGCCACUGAACUUGAUCAACGUUGUUGCAACGCUCUUCGACAUCUUCUACCUUGAUGAUGAGAUGGAGCACUGGGAGCGGAAAUCCAUGGGAGCGACAUCAAUUUUGGUACGAUGUCUCAUUUUGUGCAUGCUGUACAGAAAAACUCGAGAUGAGCGAUGCUUCAUAUACUUGGUCAUACAGAAGAUGUCCAUGGUAUAUUUAGCUUCCAUGACACCGCGUUUGAUGGUGUGGGAGAUGUCUGCGAAGACCAUGGUAGCCGGGGCUUCGCAUGGUCUGAUGCCAUUCCAGCUCCUGACCUACAGCUUCUGCUUCUUCUUCGCCGUGCUUGGCAUAAGGGGAACCGCUUCCCUUCCUGGGUGCGGCCUCUGCUUGCUGAGGAUGAUGAUGGCUCGAAGCUUUCGAGCCUGCUGCCAUGUGCCGCAUGGCGUCUCGUGUGGAAGCGCGGAGAGCGAGUCUGACUCGGAAAGCUGGAGCAGCUCAAGGAGCAGUACCAGCUCAUAA